UUUAUUCGUUCCGCCCAGAACCAGCCAAUCACAGAGCUCCCCUGCCGCUGCUCCGCCCCGCCCUCUACAGACGCAAAAUGGCCGCCCGUCAAUCGACCGACUGAGUCCACGGCGAUUUGAAAUUAAAAUUCUUCUGCACAUUUAGGCUUUAUACUUGCAACGUUAGUUCUUAAAUGCUUGUUAGGCUUGUGUUCUCAUCAUCUGACAGCUACUUGACUUUCCGCUCAGGCGUCGCUGUUCUUGUAGCCGCGAAUGCCUCAAACAGUUAAAAAAAAAAAAAUUGCACUGAAGCACUUUAGCUAAGCUAGUUCGCUAGCUAGCUAGCAUAUCUUCAUAUGUGAUUCCUGAGAAGAGAGUAGUAUCGGGUCAGGAGCAGUAGUUCAUGGAAGACAAGAAAAGGAAAAAAGACGACAAAAGGAAAAGAGAAGCCUCUCAGAAGGUUACAGAGCAAAAGAACAAAGUGCCAGACUUGACAAAGCCAACUUCUGCUCAGUCUCCUGCCUCUCAGAGCAGCUCUGCCUCCCCCAGCCGUGGACCCACCCCUACUGCCUCUCCAUCUCCAGCGACCUCAGGCCCUGGCAGUGCUGCCACCCCGUCUCAGGGCGGCAACAAUGCUAAGCGCCUGGCAGCGGCCAACGGACAGCCCACCUCCACCACCAGUUCUUUCUCUACUGGCGGACCUAGUGCUGCUGGGAACGGCGGUACAAGCAGUGGAGGCGGAACUCAGGCGCCUCAGCAGCCGUCCCGCUACAUGCCGAGAGAGGUGCCACCACGAUUUCGCUGCCAGCAGGACCAUAAAGUGCUACUAAAGAGAGGUCAGCCCCCACUGUCCUCCAUGCUGCUGGUAGGAGGAGGAGGAGGGGAUGGCUCGAGCUUAAACGUGGCUGCUGUUUCAGAUUCCGGUAUGGCUGCAUCUUCAGUGGGUCUCACCUCAUCAGCUGCUGCUUCUACAACUAAUCCUAAUUAUGCAAAUUCCAUGUGGGGGCAAGGCUCGGGCAGCCAGGCCACCUCUCAAGGCAGGGAGAAGGUCAUUGUUGAUGGCAAUGAUCUAGAGGAGUGGCCGAGUAUACCUGGCAGUGAUGGAGGGAACAGCGGCAACAACGGAAUGCCUGUGAAUAGCAUCAGUGCCUCUGGCAACCGGUCUUCACCCACUUCAUCUUUCUCUUUGCCCAAUGAAUGUAUGCAGACGUCCAACAGUGUGGCGUGGGGAACGACUGCCUCCCAGGGUCAUCUUGGAGGAAGUACUGCAGUAGCUACUGCUGGGUCUCUGCUUCAACAGCCUUCCUCAUUUUCCAAAGCCUCCACUGUGCCAGGGAUUCAUGAUGCCAGUGGCCCUAUUGAUAGUAGCAGUGGGAUUCCAGGUGCCAACUUCAGUCCAAAUGCCAACCCUUCAGCCUGGCCUGCCCUGGUGCAGCAGGAUGACCAUAAUGCUGCAGGGGAAGAAGGUCUGACUUCCUUUAAUCACCAGGCCUCUGGAGGGUCUGCCAUCAGUUCUGCUUCCUUGGGGCUGGGAGGCGAGGCUGCCGGGGUGCUUGGCAACCACCCAUCUAUAUCUGUGAAUCAGUCAAACGCCCAUCAGCACCAACUUCACCAAAUGCAAUCCAGAGACGUGGGAGGAGGGAAAUGGGACAAUGAAUCAGCGGGACCAAAAAAUGCAGGGGGGGGAGUGAUUGGGGGAGGAAUGGACCAUGGUGUGGGAAGAAGUGGGAUAAGUGCAGGAGACUCUAACCUUGCCACCUCAUGGAGAGGCCAGCCUUCUGUCCCUGCUGCUUACUCCAAAACAGGUUCGUCAAGGAUGGAUGGAUGGGAAGGGGGAGGAAGUGGGGGUUUGGCAACUCCAGAGCGGGACAAAGAGACUUCAGGUUGGGGAUAUCAAAGUUCCACAAGUGGAGUUAAUGCUUGGGGUGGUGCUGAAAAGGGGGGAAAUGAUAGUCACGUCUCUGGGGCAUCUCAGGGAGGGUGGGGGUUAUCAGGAGCUGGAGGUGAUAAAGCAGUUUGUGGACGUGACUGGAGUGAGAGCUCUGCUGGGACUGGUGCAAAUUCAGGAGGUGACGAAAUGGGGACCUGCAGUAGUAAUAGCAGCAGCAGUGGAGGAAGUACAGCAGGCAUCCCCCCUGCCACUUCCUCCUCCUCUUCAACAGCCACCACAACAACCAGAGCCUGGGACAAUCAGAAGGGAGAAGGCGAAACAAGAGAAUGGGACGAUGGAUUAGUGGGACAGGGAGCACAUGGAGGGUCUUCAUCUAGUGGUGGAAAUUCCAGGAGUGAGAGUGGGUUUAAUAAUAAUAACAACCGUCUUCGCCGACCGGCACCUACAGCUGAAGCUGCCUUACAGAGUCUACUUAAUCGGUCUGAUCUAGACCCUCGAGUCCUGUCCAACUCAGGCUGGGGCCAAACACAAAUCCGACAAAACACCGCCUGGGAUGUUGAUGACCUUGCAGGACACAACAAAGUUGGACAGUCAUCAGCGCCAUCAAAACACUCAACUUCUCUUAAUAGGCCUACUCAGUAUUUUAGUGGCCCCAGAACCAUAAGCACUGAUCCUACGGGUCCAGCGGUCAGUCCCUCCCUGCUUACUUCUACUGGGUCUUCUGGAGAGGGCUGGGAGAACAGUAGCAGCAACAGCAGCAGUAGUGGGGCCUCUUUGUCUGGGAGAGGGCCACCGCCUACAUGCACCAACAUGAAUCCUGGUGUCUCACAAUCUGGACCAGUGACCACAACUGCUCCUUGUAUGGGGUCAGGGAUAAUACCUGGGCCUAGCCAGCAGGUAAAUGCCACAGGCUGGGUUGGAGGCAGGGAUGACCUUGAGGCCAAGAGUUGGGGGAACGAGGAAUGGAAAGGCAAUAAUAGGGGAGAAAAGGGAGGUGGAUGGUGUGAUACUGGGAAACAAAGUGACUCAGUUCAUGGAGGCUGGGGAGAAAAUCAGCAGGAAAAAGGGGCAGGAGGUUGGAAGGAAAUGGGAGGGAAUGGUGAAGGAAGUGGGUGGGGAGCAGAACAGAAAGUUGGCACGGGUAAAAACUGGUUAGAGCAAGAGUCCAAAUCGAGUAGCAAGGGUGGGGCUUGGGACGACAACAGAAGAAAUGGACGACACUCAGGUGGGGAUUCAGGUGUAGGUGUUUGGGGGAGCUGGGAUGACAAUGCACCUCGGAGAAACUGGGGAACGGGGGGUACUGGUGGAGGAGGAGUUGAUAGGGUUGGAGGCACAGGGUCCAAACCUCAUCAGAGUUGGAGUGGAGGAAGCAAAAUGCACCAGAUGCCAAACAGCCAGUCGGUCUCCAUUUCAGGGCCACAGGCACAACUGCAACAGCAACAAUCACAGCCCCGCAAUCAGCAUCCACAGCUGCAGCAAUCGUUGGACCAAGGGGCAAUGCAAGGGGCCGCUGGGAGGAAGCUCAUCUCUCAGGCCCAGACACAGAACCAAAGCUCAGGCUGGACCUCGGGACCUAUACCCGGUGCUUCCGGAGGAGGUGGCAGUGGAUCUGAACCAAGCGGCUGGGAGGAACCCUCACCGCAGUCUAUAAGCAGAAAGACUGAGAUAGAUGAUGGAACAUCAGCAUGGGGAGACCCAACUCAUUACAAUUACAAACCAGUCAACCUGUGGGAAAAAAGCAGUGGACCUACUGGCCAGCAGUCACAUAGUCAAGGUCAGCCCCAGCAGCCCCAGCAGCAGCAGCAACAAAGGCCUCCUGUGCAGCAGCAACCCAGCAGGCAGGCUGCAGGACUUGGUGGUAACAGAGACUUCAACACUGCUCCAGCAUCUACAAAACCUUCUGGUAUGGAUCCAUCAGGCUGGGGAAGCACUUCCCCAACAAGUCCGACAGUAGACAAUGGCACAGGCACCUGGGGCAAACCAAGUGAAGCUCCCACUGGCUGGGGAGACAUCGAUGAUGGUGGAGGGAAGACGACAUGCUGGGGAAAUCCUCUGCUAAACUCAGCCAGAUCUGGGUCAAAGUCUAUGCAAGAUGGCUGGGGGGAGAAGGAGAAGUUGGUGGCAGCCUCACGUCACUCGAGCUGGGAGGAUGAAGACGAUGGAGGAGGGAUGUGGAACAGCACCAGCUCCCAGGGAAGCAGCUCAUCUUGGGGACAGGGAAGCAAUGGAGGCUGGGGCCAAAACCAAACUGUAAAGAAGGCCAGCAACAAGGGUCCUCUGAAGACCAGUGGAGGAGAAUCAUGGCUGAGCCCCACCAACAGACAGUUCUCUGACAUGAGGAUUCUGAACGAUGAGCCCAGUAGCCAAAACAUUGACAUGGGUCCAGGUUCUCUUCAGGACAAGAAGAUGGAAGCAGAAAAAAGAAGCAUGGGAAUGAAUGAUUACAAUGGUGACAUUAGGAAAGCAGGACGAGGAGGCGGAAGUGGAGGGGGAGUGAUUUAUCGCCCUCCUGGAUCCAAAGAAGCGUCACCAGGGGAUGCAGGAUCUUACUAUAACAGGGGUGCUCAUAGUAUGUUUGGCAGCACAGGAGGAAUGACCCACACAAGACAUCAACAAAGUGUCCCACCGAUGAAUCAGUCCCCAGGGAUGCGAGCACAAGUGCCUCAACAGUUCCUGCCUCCUCAGUUCCAGCCUGGUGUUCCAUGGAAGGGAAUUGAUCGAGUUGAUCCCGAGUCUGACCCCUACAUGACCCCUGGGAGCAUGAUGGGAAAUGCAGUGUCCCCCAGUCUUAACGAUACAGAGCACCAGUUGUUACAAGAUAAUAAUGAUUCCACCCCUUCCCUGAACACCUUGCUGCCUUCACCCUGUGCCUGGCCCUACAGUGCCUCAGAAAGCCCCCUCAACAAUGCACACAACUCAGCAAAGUACACAGACUACAAGACCAGCUGGCCCCCAGAGCCCAUUGGACACAAAUACUGGAAAGCCGGUCGAUGCACCAGCCAGGCUCAGAUGUCCCGGCCUCCUCCUGGCCUCGCCAGUCAGAAGCAGCCAACAUCACCUUCUCUUUGGUCGGGAGGAGCGCCUCAGUUGGCUGGCCGAGGCUGGGGAGGCGGCUCCAGCAACACAGGCUCGACCUGGAGUGACGGUAGCUCUCGGGAAAGCUGCUGGUUGGUGCUCAGUAACCUCACACCACAGAUUGAUGGCUCGACUCUGAGGACCAUCUGCCUGCAGCACGGCCCCCUGCUGACCUUUCACCUUGGCCUUACGCAGGGCACCGCUUUGAUUCGCUAUAACUCUAAACAGGAGGCAGCCAAGGCUCAGAGCGCCCUUCACAUGUGUGUUCUGGGUAACACCACCAUCUUGGCAGAGUUUGUGAGUGAGGAGGACGUGGGGCGCUACAUUGCACAUUUAGGAGGAGCAGGGAGCGAAGGAACCUCAGCUGGCUCUGCAGGCUUAGAACCCACAGCGGCCUCCAGCGUCGGGUCGAGCAGCAACGGAGGGAACUGCGACAGGAGCGGAGCAGGAAGCAGUGGUGUAGGAGGAGGAGGUGGAGGAGGAGAGGGCGCCUCCGCGGUCGGAGGAGUCAUGUCUUCCAGCUCAGGGUGGCAACGUCUGGACAGCACAGACAGCUCAUCGGACCACGCCGCCUCCCAGGGACCUGGGCUCGGCAUCUUCACCCAGUGGAGCAGCAACGGGACUGGAGUGGUGGGGGCCGCGGAGGCUGGAAGGCAGGGCCUCUGGGGGGGGAUGAGCGGGGCAGGUUACCCCAGCAGCAGCCUCUGGGGUUCCCCGGCACUUGAGGAUCGUCACCAGAUGGGCAGCCCCGCCUCCCUUCUGCCUGGGGACCUGCUGGGCGGGGGGGCCGACUCCAUCUGAGGGACCGACCGACGGGUUCGCCCGAGCUGUAUUCCAAACGUCACGCUCUGCAUUUAUUUACAAGUACAGAUGAAACGAAGCUGCAUCCGACACGGAGACUACAUGAACACUUGUUACCAAACAUCACAUUCAACUGUUUAAAUGAAGACAACAGCAAAACUUGAACUGGGGGGGGGGGGGGUCAUUCAACUUUUGAGGACUUUAGCUCUUUGUCUUUUUACUUCAAAUCCCAUCAUCAGCAUCCAGAGAUCCAGUCGCUCAGGCAUGCACUGUCAGCAGGCUCAGCCAGAGUCGCACAUCUCCACAAGGUUAGCUGUUGCUGUUGUUCGUGUGCCACAUGGUCGUUCUUUUCUAACUCGGUGUCGAUCGCAUCACCUGGACUUGCAGACUGAGCCCUCUCACACCUGGCUGGCAUAUUUGUACGUUAGUUUUCUUUUUUUAAAGCUUGAGAUUGAAACAGAUCUGCAGGAAAGGAUGAGACAUUUGUAGAACAUUUGAGACAGCGUUACACUACUGAGUCAAAACGAAGCUGGUACUGACGUCUUGUUGGGGGAAACAAACGCCAUCAAAGUGGGACCCAGGGUAAAAAAAAAUAAAUAAAUGCCAUAAGCCAAACUUGCACUAUAUGCCUCUGGAUUUGUUUUUAGCUCAUCCUUUACAAAUCUGCUUUUAUUUUUCGUGGUUUUUUUUUUUUUUAAACCGAGCUUCAACAAGUGAGGACCUUCCAGGACGACUGAAGGUUGCAGCAGCAGUGGCCUUGGCUACACACCUGCCAUGUCAGCAGCAUCACUCCCCCUCAUCAGCUACUCACUGCUCUCUUAUAGUUGAAUAUAUCCUCUCUUCGUCAAAUAUUCUUUGUUCGAACAAUAUGUGAAACUGUGGAAAUGUCCCCUUUUUUUUUGUCCUUUAAACACUGACCUCAGCUUGUGUUCUUUCUGGAGAUAUUGGUUCUUUAUGGUCAUGAUGUAGCUCUAUGGCUGUACGAGUCCCCCCCCCCCUCCCUCCCGCCUGCCUGCGUGUGCAUGAAAAGAGCGACAAACGCAAUGGAGGGUUACGAUGUGAUGAAAAUGACAAUAAUAUCAGGAGUGCGUGUUAUUGCUACUACGUUGAAUGUUUUUUUUAAUGUCCAGGAGAGAUUCAUGAGUGUUUGCAUACGCGUGUGUAUGUGUGUGUGUGUUUGCGUUUUGAACUCUUAUCGGUUCCAGACAGGGAAGUGAAUACAUGUUGGUGUGACGGCUCGCGUCUACUCUGAGCUGCAGCGCGUGGGUGAGACCGGUGUCGACCGUCUGGAUAAUGUGAUGGCUAAAAACGUUCAAAAACAUUGGCACUAUUGCAUACGUCUCUUAAGUUGUGAUAUAUAUUUUUUUAAUUUUAGCAGCGUUCUGAUCCUGUUUGUAUUUUGUUUUCUGUCUAAUGCAAUAAGAGUGACGAAGCAAACAGAAGACAUUCGUGUAAGGAUGCCACGUCCCACCAUACCAAGCUGAGCUGGAACAGUGUUUUACUGACACGUUAAAGACAUUACCUGUUUAUGUUCGACUGUGUUUUUCUUUUUAUUAUGCAUUGAUUUAAAUUAAGUCGGUCUUUAUUAUCACUCCUGUUCAGGACGUUUUCAUUUAUAUCAGAUGUUACAAAAACAAAUGGAGAUAAUUUAAAGCAGAAAAGAACAAGAUAAUAAAGGUUG